UCGACCACCAGCGGACCUAUCAUAUUUGUGUUUAUUCAGUGUUAGUGUUUAUUCAGUUAGGAUAAAACCACACUUACAAUAGCACAAAGGAUUAAUUCCAGCCGUGCUUGCUGAUUUCCGAACGUUAAUCUUCUGUGUUGUCCCAACAUAAGUUUGUUCCAGAUGGAGGACAAGGGGAAAGACUUUAAGGACGGCAGCAAGGAGAUGUGGAAGAGGAGGCAAUAAAGCAGUUUCGGACGUCCCUUGUUGCGCGUUCCUCCCCCCCCCUCCCCCGGCCCUCCCCCGAGCCCUGCAGGUGACCAUGACGAUGAAAGGCCUGACGAGCAGCCGCAGCCAUCACCACACGGUGACCUGCGACCCCUCCUACGACGCCAUGACCCUGCGCGCCGAGCGGAGGCCCUACCGACUCAACCCCAGCGAAACCCACCCGGCCGACCACCCCUACUACGCCCAGCGCAGCUCCUUCCAGUCCGAAUGCAGCCCCUACAGCGACCUGGCCAGCAGCACCUUCCCCCGGAGACACUACAGCUCACACCACGAGCUCAAGGAGGAGUGUGGGGCCGUUGUGCCCUACACCGGGGGCCCGCCAGGUGGGGGGAAGGGGGCCGGCGGAGGUGGGGGAGGGGGAGGCAACAACCGCAUCCCCCCCAACCUGCUGGAGCAGUUUGAGCGGCAGGCGCCGGUGCGACACGACGGCUACCACACCCUGCAGUACAAGCGCACAGCGGUGGAGCACCAGCGCAGCGACAGCCCCGGACGCAUCCGCCACCUGGUGCACUCGGUCCAGAAGCUCUUCACCAAGUCCCACUCGCUGGAGGGGCCCUCAGGGGCCGGCGGAGGGGGCAGGGUGAACGGCGGCAAGGCCAGUCCCGACGACCCCCCGUCCCACCAGGGAACGCUCAAGCACAGCGGCAAGCGCAGCAAGAGCAAGGACCGCAGCAGGUCGGAGCCCAAGAUGCGCUCGGCCAUCUCGGGCUACUGGAGCUCGGACGACAUGCUGGACCGCGAGAUGUGCCUCUACCACCACCACCCGGGCGGCGCCGGCGGGCCCCCGUCGGGCGUGAUGACCAUGGGGCGCCACCCGGACAAGUCGCAGUCGCAGUACUUCGUGGAGUCCUACAACACCAUCAGCGCCCACUCGCUCAAGACGUCGCGCAGCAACAACGACGUCAAGUGCUCCACUUGCGCCGGCGGCCUGGCGCCGGGGCUGAUGAGCGGGCUGGAAGGCCAGCUCCUGAAGAAGAGCUCCUGGUCCUCCACGCUGACGGUGAGCAGGGCGCGGGAGGUUUACCAGAAGGCCUCGGUCAACGUAGACAAAGCCCUAGUGAAGGCCGAGACGUGCCAGCAGGGCCGCACAUGUCAGUUCCUCCAGGUGCCCCAGGACGAGUGGUGUGGGGGGGGCUUCUCGCCCCUGGGGAAGGAGGAUGAGAUCCCAUGCCGGCGGAUGCGUAGCGGCAGCUACAUCAAGGCCAUGGCCGAGGAGGACAGCGGCGACUCGGACUGCAGCCCCAAGCCCUCCCCCAAGGUGCAGGCGCGGCGGGCCAGCUACCUGAAGGCCACACAGCCCUCGCUCACUGAGAUGACCACACUGAAGAUCUCCACGGAGCACUCUCCCAAGCUGCAGAUCCGGAGCCACAGCUACUUGCGGGCGGUGAGUGAGGUUUCCAUCAAUAGGAGUCUGGACAGCUUGGACCCAGCGGGGCUGCUGGCCUCACCCAAAUUCCGCUCGCGAAACGAGAGCUACAUGCGAGCCAUGAGCACCAUCAGCCAGGUGAGCGAGGUGGAGGUGAACGGGCAGAUCGAGGCGGUGUGCAAGCAGGUGUUCAGCGAGAUGGAGUCCCAGGCGGUGGACGCGCUGGACCUGCCCGUGCCCGGAUGCUUCCGCAUGCGCAGCCACAGCUACGUGCGCGCCAUCGAGAAGGGCUGUUCCCAGGAAGAGGAGGAGGCGGCGGCGGCGGCGGCGGCGGGGGGGCAUGGCGGCCACAGGAUGAGGGCCAUCUCCCCUCCCAGGUCCACCACCACCGUCAGGACCAUCCAGAGCAGCACAGUGUCAUCAUGCAUCACCACCUACAAGAAGACCCCUCCCCCGGUCCCGCCCCGCACCACGCCCCCCAAGCCCUUCAUCUCCAUCACCGCCCAGAGCAGCACCGAGUCGGCCCAGGACGCCUACAUGGACGGCGGGGCCGUGCCGCGGACGCACCUCUCCUCCCAGCCGGGCCUGUCCAACUCCACGGAGAGCAUCGACAGCAUGAAGGCCCUGGCGGCCGCCAUCGAGGCAGCCAACGCCCAGGUCCACGGGCCGGCCAGCCAGCACGUCACCAACAGCACCGUCACCGUCACCGCCACGGCCGCCGUCGUCUCGGCCGACGGCAAGAGGGAGAGCGACGCCCUGCGCAAGUGCCUCUCCAUAGGCAUACAGGUUGAUGGGCCCGAGGAAGCUGUUGCUAUAGAGGAGCAUUCCAAGUUCCAGUCUGUCGGCAUCCAGGUGGAGGAGGAGAGAAGCUACCGGCGGAUGACCCGCUCCAACAGCGUGACCGCGGCCGUGCAGGCCGACCUGGACGACCCCUGCGACCCGGCCGGGGUUCCCCUCCCCCCCCUGCGCCACUGCGCCACCAUGCCCCGGCAGCACUCCCGCGAUGCCGCCACCUCCACCGUCAGCAUCCAGGGCUCGGGGAACCACUACCACGCCUGUGCCGCCGACGACAGCGACAGCGGAGACGCGGGCUUCGACCCGUCCAUCCUGCCCCCGCCCGACCCCUGGAUGGACAGCGUGGCGGGCCACGGCCCCGACGACUCGCUGGCGGGCGGGUCCGGGCGCUCGGCGUGCCGGAGGGACGGACGCUGGUUCCUCAAGCUGCUCCAGGCGGAGGCGCAGAGGAUGGAGGGCUGGUGCAGGCAGAUGGAGCAGGACGAGAUGGAGCACGAGCUGCCGGAAGAGGUCCUGGGGAAAAUCCGCAGUGCGGUGGGGAGCGCCCAGCUGCUGAUGUCCCAGAAGUUUGAGCAGUUCAGGGAGCUUUGUGAGGAGAAUCUGAACCCCAACGCCCACCCCCGGCCUACCUCCCAGGACCUAGCAGGGUUCUGGGACAUGCUGCAGCUGUCCAUUGAGAACAUCAGCCUCAAGUUCGAUGAGCUCCACCAGCUCAAAGCCAACAACUGGAGACCCCUUGACCCCCCCGAGAUUAAGGAGAGACGGAUGGCCCCUCCUGUGCCAAAGAAGCCCCAGAAGGGCCAUCCUCCCCUGGCUCGAGACCGCUCCCUGGAGAGCUCCGAGCGCCAGCGCCUGGAGGCCCGAAAGCGCCUUCUGGCCGCCAAGCGGGCGGCGUCCCUCCGACAGAGCUCGGCCACUGAGAGUGCCGACAGUAUCGAGAUUUACAUCCCGGAGGCACAGACCAGACUAUGAGACGGACACACGCAAAUUCAACACACAGAAACGCACACGCAGACAUGUGACAUACAUACAGGUGUGCUCCAGCACCUCAACACACACACAGACACUGUAACACAAACUGUGGCACUGAAUGGCUAGGGUAGGGCUUGUAAUAUAACCCCGUCUUUGUUGACUUCCCAUGAACAGGGUGGGGUCUGUCAAGGUAGUGUCUGUUCCUCCACAAAUGUAUAUUUAUUUAUCUAUUUAUUUAUUUACUCUCCCUUAGGAAAAACAAAUCUUAGCUUUCAGCUUCUGUGUAGCACUCCCACGGCACUUUUUCCAGACAUGUGUUUUGUGAUCCCUUCGUUCUCCACGUUCAACACUCCAUUACACGACCUGUCCUCCCAAAGCAGGCAGGUGUAGCACUGGGGCGGGGCACAUAUCUCGUUACGGAUGUAUUGAAUUGGCAGAGCAGGAGACGGGAGGGUGAGAUGGACAGCGAGGGAGAGGGACAGGGAGAGGGAGAGGGAGAGGGAGAGGGAGAGAGAGAGAGAGAGAGAGAGAGAGAGAGAGAGAGAGAGAGGGAGGGAGAGGGAGAGAUGGGAAGAAGGAAGUGAGAGAAUGGUACAGAAAGAGAGGUAUGAAGAGAGAUUAAAAAGAAACGGCGAGAGAGAUAGAGGAGCAGAAACAGAGAUGGAGGGAGAGAUGGAGAAACAAAUGGAAGUAGGAGAGAGAGAGGGUGGACCUAGUAUUGCAAGGGCGUAGCAGGUCAUCCUCUGGAUUGUCUCUCCUCUCCCCUCUCUCUUUUUAUUCCAUCCACUGUCAGUGAAAGCAUUUUAAUAUAAGACAUAGCCACACACAACAAACCGAGACAACAUAUACACAUCAUAUACCAUGAACACUCCUCAUUUGAAUUCCAGACAAAGCUGUACGUAUUGUAUCAAUCAAUGUAGGCCACGCCAAAUCAUAUAUUUCACACUUUCAUUGAAACUCAAUGAAUAACAAAACACAACAAACAUGUUUUUACAGGUCCUCAUGCUCUCUACCAUUGUUUUAUGUGGUUUAAAGUUCUCCUGUUUGGUGUGGCCACAGACAAAUGUACGUAUAUAUGUGCAGUUUUUAGCAUUUUCAGAUUCACAACUAAUCUUGACACACUGGGUUAGGGGUGGUAGAUUAAGUUAUUUAUAUUUUAUAUAUCUAUCUAUAUCUACCUAUAUUAUCUAUAUAUAUAUAUACCUUAUAUAAAUAUACCUAUAUUAAUAUGGGUCUUAUGUAGAGUAACCAAAUAACUUCACAAGAAAACAGCCAUGUCUUAAGACAGGGCUGUUGUUCUCGAGCCUAUCCCAGGGGUCAGAGGUCACAGGCUCAGGCAGGUCACCCAGGUGUGAUUUGGUUCUGGAAUAAGCAAUGUUGGUUUGAGGUCAGGUGUGCUCUGUUGGUGGAUCUGGAACUGUUUCUUCAGAGAAAUCAUUAAGUUCACAGAGUAGAGGAGACACCUGUGAAAUCAGGGUUCGUCACAAGAAGGUACGUGUGUGCAUCCGACCGCUUGUACGUAUGUGCGUGUGUAUGAGUGUGAGUUUUGAAGGUUUGCUUGUGUGUGUGCUAGUUACAGAGCAGGUGCCGAAGAGACUGGCGUAGCGCAGUUGCACCGUGCGUGUGGAAGAGACUUGUGUUUGGGGGUUUUCAUGCUUGUUUAGAAAGUGCUUCCUUUUUUUCAAAGGUCAAAUGUUUUCAAAGAUCAAAUGAGGCCCGAUACUAACAAGCAAAGUAGCAUAAUCGACACACUGUAAAACAAAAACACUGUACAUCAUUUUAAACUGAGCUAUACAUACUGUUACCACUGUAUUAUACGUAUGCUGACUCAAGAUCAUUGGUAUAUCAUUUAUUUAUUUAUUAAUCUUUUUGUCUAUCAUAUUGUACUGAAACCAUCAGGUAUCCUUGAGUUACCUACAGUGAGGUCAUCGCUAGUACAGAUAUCAUGCCCAACAUGUUACAGUAUGUAAUUGUGUUAACAGAAAUAGGUUAGGUUGACAACUUGUCAGGCAAGAUGGAUGUUCUUUUUAUAUGUGUGUGCGUGUUUCUCAUUUCCCAUGCUAGUUCCCAUGCCAACUUUUUAAAAGUGAACGUUUAUAGUAUUUUAUAUCCAUGUUUUAUUUAUUUGGAGAAAAAAGAUUGUUUAUUAUGGUGAUUAUGAUUAUUAUGCACUGAAAAGGCCCAUAUACUGUGUUUAUAAUUGUUCUAUGUUUUCUCUUUGGCAUGACAGGCACUUUUAUUUAUUUUUUCAGUAAUCAGCCUUAAUUUCUAAUGUGAUAGUUGAGCACAAAACAGCCUCAGGGGAAGAAGCAUAUAAUGUGUGUGUGUGUACGUGUUUUGUUCGGUGUGUGAUAUUCAUGCCUGUGUGUGUGUGUGUGUGUGUGCUAUAAUUGCAUCCCAUGAAAAGGCUUCGUCUCCCACUGUAAACACACCCACAUGAUAUAUCAUGAGGUUACAUGGGGAACAUCAUAUGAGUGGAAGUAAAUUGUGAUCAAGUCCUUUUUCAUGAAAAAAACCCUGUCAGGAAGCUCCUUUCCCCCCAUGCAGAUGUAAAUCAGUUUGCCAUAUCAAGACGUUUGGUCCACAUGGAUUUGAAGACAGAUUUUGAGCUACGUUACUUUCAUGGCCUACGGUUUUGAUCCUAGUUGUUGGGUUGGUACCUAUGUCCUUGUUUUCAAUGUAGUUACUCUAGAUGGGUGAUAGGUGCUCCAUAGGCACCUAGCAAAAAUCGCUUGCCAUUUUUGAGAGGGAUAAGGAUGUUAUUUAUAGAAGUAGUCAUAGAGAGAAGUAUUCUGUUUCUUUGUGGUGAGGUUAUAAUGAGGUCACUGUACUGUAUGAUUUGAUUUUUUGGAGGACACUGGAAAAGUAACCCUAGAUUUACCUUUUUGUCAUUUAGGUCCAGGUACUUUUGAUACUUCUUCUUUUAACUCCUGUAUUUGAAAGAAUUAAAUUGUUGGUAAAAAAAAUAAAAUAUUUAUGUUUAUUAUAUAAUAACAUAUCAUUAUACCCUGCAUACAGGGGGUCGAAAUAAUGAACAGAAUGUUGGAUUGUGGGUAAUUGCCAAACUAAAGACUUUGAAACAAUCCUGGCAGUUCUGAGAAAGAUGUAGCAACAAGAAAAGCAUUCAAUGAACAUUUGUACAUAAAUGAAUGUUUCCCUAAUGUAAAACAAAACAUCAAUCAAAUAACAUAUUACGCAGAUAUACAUUUUGUAAUUAAUGUUAUUACACUGUUGAUGUUAUGGCACGUGUAUGAAAAUCUAUCAGCAUUAAAAAAACCUUAAUGCCAUCAUUGUAUUGUCGCUGACUACAUAUAUUCGAGUGCAGGCUAAACAUGUGUUCCCACUUUGCACACAAUUAAA